ACCAGCCGGAGUACAUCCAGAAGCUGAUGCCGCCACUGAUCGCCAAGUGGAACGAGCUGAAGGACGAGGACAAGGACCUGUUCCCUCUGCUGGAGUGCCUGAGCUCGGUGGCCACGGCCCUGCAGAGCGGCUUCCUGCCCUACUGCGAGCCCGUGUACCAGCGCUGCGUGACGCUGGUGCAGAAGACCCUGGCCCAGGCCAUGAUGUACAGCCAGCAGCCGGACCAGUACGAGGCCCCAGAUAAGGACUUCAUGAUCGUGGCCCUGGACCUGCUGAGUGGGCUGGCCGAGGGUCUGGGGGCCCACGUGGACACGCUGGUGGCCCGCAGCAACAUCAUGACCCUGCUGUUCCAGUGCAUGCAGGACACCAUGCCCGAGGUGAGGCAGAGCUCCUUCGCUCUGCUGGGAGAUCUGACCAAGGCUUGCUUCCUGCACGUCAAACCUUGCAUCGCUGAGUUCAUGCCAAUCCUGGGCACCAACCUGAACCCCGAGUUCAUCUCGGUGUGUAACAACGCCACCUGGGCCAUCGGAGAGGUGUGCAUGCAGAUGGGUGUGGAGAUGCAGCCGUACGUAGCGAUGGUCCUCAACCAGCUGGUGGAGAUCAUCAACCGACCAAACACACCCAAGACCCUGCUGGAGAACACUGCCAUCACCAUCGGGCGGCUAGGCUACGUGUGUCCCCAGGAGGUGGCUCCCCUGCUGCCUCAGUUCAUCAGGCCCUGGUGUACGUCUCUGCGUAACAUCAGGGACAACGAGGAGAAGGACUCUGCGUUCCGCGGGAUCUGCAUGAUGAUUGGAGUGAACCCGGGCGGCGUGGGAACUAUUUACAUCAAGGAGUACAAAACCAUUUAUGGUCUGUUGAAAAUUCUUAACAAAAAAGUGUGA